ACUCUCAAAUGGUGGUCGGUCGUCCUUUGUCUUGGAGGCCACGCAUCCCAUGCGAGAAUUCGUGUGUGCAUGUCAUGCCGUAAGAACUUGCGUCCGUACGCAUCAUCAUUCAAGUUCGUACUGGACGAAUGAAUAUGCUGAACUUGACUUGCUCCUUCCUCCGUGAUAACAGUGUUGGUUCUCGCUUUUGAGGCACUUCAAUGUCGGUGCAAGAUGUUAGCGAAGAUCAUGCUCUAAGUGGUAUUUUACGUUAACCGGUGGUUGUGGCUGUGGUUGCAUGCGUACGCAGGGGGUACGCAAGGUACAAUGUUUGGUCCUCAGUUACGUCCGAGUUUGAGAAGAGUUCAGAACUCCAAGAACCGAUUUGGUCUUGAGUUGGAACGAGACGGCCGAAGUCUUAGAUUUUCACCGAAUAUUAACACAAUAGUUAUUGAAUAAUAAUCAACCUUGAAAAUGAAGACAUUCUGCCGGUCUGCAUUCGCCUUCUUGGCUUUCAUGGACAUUUCUAUGGCUCGACCUCAAAGCAAUGCCGUGGGAAAUGUUCUUGCCAGAGAAAAGGAGGCUAUCAAACCCGCCAUUUUGUUUGUCCGACCCUUGUUGGAUUUCAGAGGUCGCCUUUUGGACUUUGAGGAUGGGAUCGCAUCCAACAGCCUUCCAGAGACCGUAGUGGCCUCAAGAUCAAGACUCCCAGCCCAACGGGAACCCGUGGAUUUUGGUGAAACCUUUUUCGAGGAGGAACCUUCUUCCAACUUUGUCUCACUUCCUGUGUUCGGUCAGACUGAUCUAAUCCUUAAGACCACUCAAGAGCUCCGAGACCGAGACCGGAAUCAAGAGUCAUUCAUUGAUAUUCAAGGCUCGAAUGCCGGCGUGCUGCCGCUGGCCUUUGAAAUUCCAUCCGCUUUGGAUCUGUUUCCACCUCUUCGCCCGGCCAAGCGAUUGGAUUGAUCAUUUUCGGCUGGAAUCUUAAUCUGCUAGCUACUUGCUUUCAUAUGCUUCGGGUUAUUUAUUGAAAUAAAUGUAAGCCAAGUGGCUGCAUGAUUAUGAUAUUUUGUGGACCGAGGCUGUAAUAGAUUCGUUUGUUGACCGUGUUAUUGAACAAUUUUCCUUCAAAACUUUUUCCCAGCGAUGAAGGCCGAU